AUGGUGGCCACCCAGACAAACAGACAUGGGGGAAGCAGGAGAAUGUGGGCAUGGGACGUCAUGAGGAGAAGAGGAGAGGGACGUCAGGUCAGUGUUAGGCAGCCAGGAGAGGGCAUCAGAUCCCUGAACUGGAGUUACCAGAGGUUGGGAGUUGUCUUGUGUGUUCUGGAAACCAAACCCAGGUCCUCUGAAAGACCAGGGAGUGCUCUUAGCCAUUCUCUCGAAGACAUCAGAAUAGCAGAUGUAAACGUCAAGGGAUUGUUUGUGCGGCUCAUUAACUCUUCCGAAGACAAAGAAGUGGAGAUUGGAAACCACAUUCUCCAACAGAAUGUGAACGGGCAUGCAGUUUCCCUAUACCGAUUCCCCCCCAGCAUCACGAUGCAGGCCAGUUCCACGGUGACAGUGUGGGCAGCAACAGCAGAAGCAAAGCCUAAGCCACCAACAGACUUUGUUUGGGAGGAACAGAACAGGUUCCGAUCCAGUCCUGACUGCACGACCAUCCUGUGCAAACCCAACGGUGAGGCCAUCGCCUGGUACACUCCAAUCCACUGGAAGCAAGCAUGGGAGAAGUUAGAGACCGACAUUGAAUUUGAGAGAUGCUCAGUAGUGAUUCCAACAAUGAAAAGCCAUCUGUUUGGGUGGACAAGGACAUCUGCAUCCUCCAUAAAUAAGGAAAAACAAGAGUCAGAAAAGAAAGAGUCCUCCCAGUGCCAGAUAGCGCACACCUGCCCUGCUCUUAAGAGAGAAAAGGAAAUCUCGCCGACCAUUUCACCCAACCGGAGUCCUUGGUGCCGCAGUCCCUACGCCUCUCCGCAUCCCUACUGUUCGCUCAUUGAAUCUCAGGGCUCAGACGUCUCCGAGAGCAGGUUGGGUGCACUGCUGAAGCCGCAGCCAGCCAAGCCUAAAUCAGCCCCAGCGACUCUAUAUGCUUGCAAAUACAUUUGUUAUGACACAUACCAUAAUGGCAGCUGGGUCUUGAUUGGUAGUGCCCUGACGCUGGAGACAUCCAGUCCAUCAUCCAUCAAAUAG